GUAGUAGAACUACAUCGCCGCGCUAGAAAUUGUAGUACCCAGCCUUCUCGUUGACCAUCUUAUAGAACAGUUGCAUUUUGUUGCUGUAGGCGCUUGGAACUGUGUGGAAAUUCUCCACAUUACACAGCAAUGGACUGAGAAGCGCCGGCAUUGCGUGGAAAAUAGUGAGCUAAUCAGGCAACUAUUAUCGAUACGGCUACACUCUCGUACAUACCGACAUAUAGACGCAUAUUUUCGGUGUCCAAUAGUUGGUUGAAUUGAGCACAUACUCAUUGGCUAGCGCUGCCAUGCGUUACACCGAACACGAGUCCAUUGACGCAAUGUUGCUCGAGCGUCGUGGUGAUGAGGAGGCGAGCGCAGUCAAAAGCGCCGCGUACGCAACGAAGGACACGAUGUAUAAACGCAAAAAGUGUACGGUGCUACUGGUGAUACUUGUGAUCUGUGCUAGUUUUCUCGGUAUUGUUCACUUGCUAAGCAAUGCACCCGAAUUCAAUCAGUAUCGUAUAUUACGCGCCUAUCAACAACAUGUGCAAAAUGAAGCAACAGCCGUCAAUGCGGGACGACCGCGUACCAUACUCUUAUGGAAUAGUUUCUUCAAAAACAAACGUUGGGGUUUCGAAGAGGAUACGCUCGGACCCGAUUACUUUCGCAGUAAAAUGAAUUGUCCGGUGUACCGUUGUGAUUUGACGAAUAAUCGUGAUUUUUUGCCCGCCAUCGAAAUGUACGAUGCAGUGCUCUUUCACGUGGCAGAACCGUUUCCUUUGCUGCAAUCGGUGCCGCAUGUGCGUGCGCCGCAACAACUGUAUGUGUUUGCCUUAAUGGAACCGCCGGGCGAGACCAAACAUGUGCUCUCCGAUGAGGGUGGCUUCUAUAUUCUGACCAUGAGCUAUCGCCUCGACUCGGAUUUGCUGUGGCCCUAUCAAAUGUUCGAAGAUAUUGAAACCGGCGCUGUGGUGGCGCCGGCAUUGCACACCAAUUGGCGGCAAGUACCGGACGUGUGGAAUGACACGAGCGUUUGGCAGUUGUGGGCGGGUAAAACACGGAUGGCCGCUUGGUUUGUAUCGCAUUGUGAGACGUUGUCGAAACGCGAAAAAUUGGCGGCCGCCUUGCAGCAGCACCUCGACGUGCAUAUUUACGGGAAAUGUGGAAAUUUCAGUUGCCCAUAUACCUCGAGUGCAUGCGAUGAGCUAUUGGAUACAAGUUAUAAAUUCUACUUUUCCUUUGAAAAUUCGCUCUGCAACGACUAUGUGACCGAGAAGCUGUAUAAUGCCAUGAAACGCAAUGUCAUACCGGUUGUGUUUGGUGGUGCCGACUAUAGUCGCUUCGUGCCGCCACACUCUGUGAUAGAUGCUGAAGAUUACGAAAAUGCUGCAGAGCUUGCUGCUUAUCUGCGUUAUGUGGCUACACAUCCAGAGGAAUAUAUGCGUUACUUUUGGUGGCGCCGAUAUUAUCGCCUCAGUUAUCGUUCACCAUUCUGUGAUCUCUGCGAGAAAUUGCACAGUGUGCCGUUUAUGCAGAAAACUCAAACUUAUACGGAUAUCGAGAAAUGGUGGAUGGGUCAUCAGUGUCGUUUCGAGUCUAAAAUUAAUUUUUAAUUUAAAGAAAAUAUGUGUAAAUCCAUAUCUGUAUAGACGUAGUGUAACUAAAUCAAUUGGUUUUCAUAAUCAUAAGUUCUUGCACCAAAGAAAAAGUGCCGUUGUAUUAUAAAUUAGUAUACAUAGUUAUUUCGGUAAUUCGGAAGUGUAGCGAAUCGAACAAACAAGUCGCUUAAAUGUGUAAUAAUGAAAUGUAACAAUAGAUAGAAUAUAUAAAGAGACUUGAUAAGUUUGCUGUUGCUUUCGGAUAUAAAUUGUGCAAAUCACAAAGAUAGUGAGCAAAGAAGUGGUGAAUCGAAGAGGACAAUCUUUCUUUUGAAACAGUUAUUUUAAUAGUUAUAAGUGUAUAAUAUAUUUAGAACAAACACAUUGUGCCUUCAAUAAUUGCCUUUGUAAGACAUUACCUACCUAAUAUUUAAUACAAAAUAUUUUUGAAUUUACCCGGUUGGUACUUAAAUAAAUUCAAUUAAAUAUGUGGUUUUUAUA